CUGAUGUUUAUUUGAUCGCAUUCAUUUCCCAAAAUACCGUAUGGUAUUUUAGAGAUGAAGUUGAUUUGGGUCCCGUGAUGCGGACACUCUUUCGUGAUGAUGAGGAAAAAGAUUUCUUCCAAAUUCCCUUUGAAGCUUCAUAUGGUCACCUUCAGAGCAAGCUCAAGGAUAGAUCGGGCCGUCAAGACUGUGACUUAGGGAAUAAUCAAUUCAGCUCUUGCAUAUCUAAACUGUAUGGAAUCCGGAGGGAUGAUCGUCAGAGGGAUUAUACCAUUGCAUCUGCUUUUCUGGUUUUCAUUCAAAUGCUCUCUGAAUCCAUGAGGUUAAGGAAAUUUAACCGUAAAGUAGCCGACGUUGUUCAGCCUACACACGGAGUUUACGGUCAGUUUCAAGCCGAUGAAUUUGACAUGAGUUGUCAAAACAACUGGAGAACUUUGUCAGAAGCGAUAUUGGAACAAAACAAGGUCACCGACAAGUUGAAGAGGGCAAUUACCUUGGGUUUUCACAGAGUUGUCGAUACGGUGAGAAAAGCUAAAAAAAUCGUUCAACUUUUGAAACGUAAAAGAUGUGAAAUCGUCCUCAGUCUCAAUCUCUGCUUUGGCCCUGCGUUUACAGUCUUCACUCUACGGCAGACGAAUGCUAUUUCAAUGGCAGACAAGGAGUCACCGCCGUUGCUCUCCCUGCUAGCACGCAUCCCGCCGUCGGCACCCUGCGGUCGUGCAUCCCAUCUCUAUCAGCCGAUUUAUGCUUUGAUCGCCAUCGUCCACCAGAGGAAAAGUCUAUUCAACUGCAGUAGUGAGAGAGGAGAAGAGUUUAUUCACACAAUGACAAGAGGAAAAACGAACUAAUGUAUCAAACUGAAGAGACUAUGAAGCUAUCGUUAUUGGUGUUUCAUAGAGAUCAAAUGGAAGCCCAACAGAUGAAAUUCCAUGGAAAAUGAGAGCAUCAAUUCUCUAUUCUGUUCAAACACAUCAUGACGUGCUAAGUUCUAUAGUAGUUUGCCAAUAUGAGUGCAGUAUUUUCACAGCAGGCCGGUGAUUUUGCAAGUUUCAUAGGAUUAGUUCAUACGUAGUACAUGGAAGUUUUCGAGGUUGGAUCCUGUCUCUAGCUUCUAUAUCCAUGAACAUGUGCUCUUCAUUUGUGUUACUGGUUAUAGGCUAUUUUAAUUAAUAAGUGUUUGCUUUGAACCUCACCUAUGCUGUUAACAUUCUACGCAACUAACUUGUAAUGGGGAUAAUACACAUUAUAGACUUAAUUACAUUUAUUUUUCAUUUUCUUCCAGAUUGUGAAUGAUAUUAGUAUAUCAACGUCCUCCAAUAGAGUAGCUUCUUGUGAUAAGAUUGUACAUGUUUGAAAUGGACAAACUGGGAAGGCUUGUGUUUUAACUUAGCUUCUUGUGAUAAGAUUGUACAUGUUUGAAAUGGACAAACUGGGAAGGCUUGUGUUUUAACUUGUAACCAGAUAUAAUUUGCAGCUGGAUAUUUGUUUGUCAGAGACUUCAUGCACAAGGGAUGAAGGGAUGUAACUUACUCCAAUCUAUGAAAUAUCAAUGGUCC